GAUUUCGCAACCUGCACGUGGAUGACCAGAUGUCAAUAAUCCAGUACUCUUGGAUGGGCCUUAUGGUUUUUGCUAUGGGCUGGAGAUCUUUCACCAACGUCAAUUCCAGGAUGCUUUACUUCGCUCCAGAUUUGGUCUUCAAUGAGUACCGGAUGCACAAAUCCCGAAUGUACAGCCAGUGUGUCCGGAUGCGGCACCUCUCCCAGGAGUUUGGGUGGCUUCAGAUCACGCCCCAGGAGUUCCUCUGUAUGAAGGCUCUACUCUUCUUCAGUAUUAUUCCCGUGGAUGGCCUGAAGAACCAGAAGCUCUUUGAUGAACUUCGAAUGAACUACAUUAAGGAACUUGACCGUAUCAUCGCUUGCAAGAGGAAGAACCCCACCUCCUGCUCCCGGCGAUUUUACCAGCUCACCAAGGUCCUGGACUCCGUGCAUCCUAUUGCCAAGGAUCUGCAUCAGUUUACAUUUGACCUCUUAAUUAAGGCACAUAUGGUGAGCGUGGACUACCCUGAAAUGAUGGCCGAGAUCAUCUCUGUGCAGGUUCCCAAGAUCCUGUCUGGAAAAGUCAAGCCUAUCUACUUCCAUGCACAGUGAUCUUCCGGAGGGACCUCCCAGUUCUGCCACCCCCAUUUCAGCCAUCUCCUGCCUGUGAUUUCUGCACUACUGCACUGCAGUGCCUUGGGGAAUCCCUCGACAGAGGCGGUGUGCCAAGAGGACGGACAGUAACAAGGACUGCCAGCCGGGAUUCCUGACAUUUCUAUUUUUCCUGAGGUACCUCUGAACUGAACCACCUGCCACGGCUUCUGCCCGGCUUUGGCUGGCUCGCUGUGCCAGGGCAGGACACUGUGGCAUGGUGGCAGUGGCACCAUGUCUAUGCUAUCUCAUUCGUGUGUUUUCCACAGUGACUUUUAGUGGCCCAGGGCCACGGGAGUUGGGGAGAAAUGCCAGCAGUUACGGGGUUUGGGGUUUUUUUUUAAACACAGAACA